GAGAGCCCGAGCAGCCCGCGCCGGGCCGGUCCGUGCGCACCGCGCGCCGCCGCCGCCGCCACUGCCGCCCGCGCCUCGAUGGCGCCAUCGCCCCGGAGCCGCUGACCGCUCAGCGCCUCCAGCCCGGCCCGCGCGGCGGGUCCUCCGAGCCCGGCCCGCCGGGGGAGCGGCCUGCCGCGGAAGCCUCCCCGCGCCCUCCCGCCCGGCCCCGCCAUGGCGCUGCGGCGCCUCCUGCUGCUGCUGCUGCUCUCGCUGGAGUCCCUGGACCUGCUGCCCAGCGCCCACGGAGCCCGCGGCCGCGCCACCAACCGGACCCUGAGUGCAGGCGGCGCUGCCGUCGGGGGCCGGAGGGCCGGGGGCGCCCUGGCACGGGGCGGCCGCGAGCUGAACGGCACCGCCCGGGCGCCCGGAAUCCCGGAGGCGGGAAGCCGGCGGGGGCAGCCCGCGGCGGCUGUGGCGGCGGCGGCCAGCGCGGCCGUCACCUACGAGACGUGCUGGGGCUACUACGACGUGAGCGGCCAGUACGACAAGGAGUUCGAGUGUAACAACAGCGAGAGCGGCUACCUGUACUGCUGCGGUACCUGCUACUACCGCUUCUGCUGCAAGAAGCGCCACGAGAAGCUGGACCAGCGCCAGUGCACCAACUACCAGAGCCCGGUGUGGGUACAGACGCCCAGCACCAAGGUGGUGUCGCCGGGGCCCGAGAACAAGUACGACCCGGAGAAGGACAAGACCAACUUCACCGUCUACAUCACCUGCGGGGUGAUCGCCUUCGUCAUCGUGGCCGGCGUCUUCGCCAAGGUCUCCUACGACAAGGCCCACCGCCCUCCACGGGAGAUGAACAUCCACAGGGCUCUGGCUGACAUCUUAAGACAACAGGGACCAAUCCCCAUAGCACACUGUGAAAGAGAAACUAUCUCGGCUAUCGAUACCUCUCCCAAAGAGAACACGCCGGUCAGAUCGUCCUCCAAAAACCACUACACUCCUGUGCGUACGGCCAAGCAGACUCCAGGGCAUUAUGGGAAGGAUGCUUACCGAAGUGGAGGACCUGAUCUCCAUAACUUCAUCUCAUCUGGAUUUGUCACAUUAGGAAGAGGACACACCAAGGGUGAUCAUCAAUAUAACCAUCCGAUUUUGAGCAGUGUUACCCAGAUCCCGCCACAUGAGAAGCCACGGAUGAACAACAUCCUGACAUCAGCCACCGAGCCCUAUGACCUCUCCUUCUCCCGCUCGUUCCAGAACUUGGCCCACCUGCCCCCAUCCUACGAGUCUGCAGUAAAGACCAACCCCAGCAAGUAUUCAUCUCUGAAGAGGCUAACCGACAAGGAGGCUGACGAGUAUUACAUGAGACGGCGGCACCUGCCCGACCUGGCUGCCCGCGGCACCCUCCCCCUCAAUGUCAUCCAGAUGUCCCAACAGAAGCCGUUGCCACGGGAACGACCCCGCCGGCCCAUCCGGGCCAUGUCCCAGGACAGGGUCCUGUCCCCGGAUCGGGGCCUGCCAGAUGAGUUCAGCAUGCCCUACGACCGCAUCCUGUCCGACGAGCAGCUGCUCUCCACGGAGCGCCUGCACUCCCAGGACCCGCUGCUGUCCCCGGAGCGGACGGCCUUUCCCGAGCAGUCGCUGUCCAGGGCCAUCUCGCACACGGACGUCUUUGUGUCCACACCCGUGCUGGACCGCUACCGCAUGAGCAAGAUGCACUCUCAUCCCAGUGCCUCCAAUAACUCAUACGCCACCCUGGGCCAGAGCCAGACGGCAGCCAAGCGCCAUGCCUUUGCCUCACGCAGACACAACACGGUGGAGCAGCUGCACUACAUCCCGGGCCACCACACCUGCUACACAGCCAGCAAGACCGAAGUGACCGUGUGACCGGCGGGGCAGGGCCGGGGCUGCUGGGCGUGGCAGAGCAGAGCAGGGGCCAGGAGGGGCCAGGAGCAGAGCUUCUAGCCUUGCCACUCUCCCUUCCCUUGUCCCCUCUGUAGGAAGUGGGGGUGGGCCACCUUUGCCCAAAAAGCCAUACCCCCGGGGACACAGCCCCGAUGGCCUGGUCCAAUACACUUAGACCCAGGACCAAGAGCAAUCGCUCUUGCUCCUCCAGAAGAAUCAAUGGGGAGUGAGGAGGGGGCUAGGCCCCAUUCUCACCCCCGACCACCUUCACCAACUCCCUUUCCGUCCCGCGCCUCCUUCUCCCCAUCCGGGGGACUCAGCUGCAGGUUCUGUCAGCAAAGAGACCCUUGCUUGACCGUGGUCUGAAGCUGCCUGGGUUUGAAGGGGCCAGCGGGUCCAAUCAGUGGGCUGACCGAAUAGGCUACUCGGUCUCAUUCAUUUACCUAGAACCGCAUCACAGAAAUCUUCUAGUGCCUAAAAACUGCCUGCUCGCUCUCUCAGAGCCAGGGAGCUGCUGUGUCCAUAAGCACAAUAAUGAUUCUUUUCUUGCCUGCUGGAACUCUCUGGUCCCCACUGAGUGACCCUUCCUUUGCUGACCCCUGAGGGCCCAACCCUGGCCCUGUGCCCCUCCCCUCAACUCCAGGACCAGGAGGGGUUCCCUUCCUUCAGCUGCCUCCCCAUUGGUGGGAACUCCAACCCCUUCCAGCUGACUGCCCGCCCAUAAGGACCCUGGGCCUGUCCUUUCAGCGGGCUGUGCUCCUUCCCUGGCCCUGAGGAUUUCACCCUUGAGUUCUCUGGGGUUUUGGCUGUAGCCUUCGCAGAGGGGAGUAACAAUGGGGUGCUGGCCCUCCCAGACACCCGAUCAUCUCCGCACUCCCUCCAGGCCUCUAGACCUGACCAUGACUGCCACUCAGGCCGCCUUCUCCACCCCUGCUCUGCUCCCAGGAGGCACCUGCGGUGGCCAGAGAGCCAGGGUGGGGAGGGCCACUGUGAUGCGCGGGGUCUCGGGCUCAACAUUCGCAUCCUGCAGGGCUCCACCUGUUCCCACAUGCACCUCUGGCAGGACCUGGACAGAAGUUUCUAGAGAGCGGCUCUUCAGCCCCCAGACAAGGAGGAUGAGAGGUGGUUGUCCUGCAUCCUCUCCGCCCAUCCUUCCUUCCCCAUCUCUGUCUACCUGCUCAGUUCAGAGAUCACUCCUACUGCCUGUGUCCCCUUCCCCCACAUCCUCCCUGCAACUUUAUUCCUCCUGGCUGUUCCUUCAGAUCCGUGCCUCCUCUGGAUCAAAGGGACAAAGGCCUAUUAGCAAAAGCAAACAAAGGUCAUCCAGGCGACUGGCCUAGGGGCUAACUGGGCAGGUCCCCACAGCAUCGUCCCUUUCUGCAGGCACUGGGGUACCUGGUAGACCAUGGUCCUCAGCUCUGUUGGGGGACCACCACUGCCCGCCCACCUCAGCCUCUUCCCCGCCUCCAGCCUGGGGGUUGGCAUGGUGUGACGGCCUCCUGGGGAGGUGACAGUGAAUUCAGCAGCAUCCGCUCCCCCAAGACCAGAGAGCCUGGUGGGGGAAAGAAGGGGUUCCCUCAUUCUCAGGGCCAGGGCACCCGCUGGGUUGGGGCUGGGGGAAUCAACUCCAGGCUAUUGGGUGAAGGUGUGAUCCUAAAAACAGUCAGAUCCAACAGCAGUGCCCUUAUAAAUGGGGUUUUACCUGCCCUCAGUUCUGCACUCAUGGCCCUUUAAAAAGGCGAGUGUAGAAGGAGAAUUUAUUGGUGUCAGCCCUGGAGAUUUUUAAUCUAACCAAGUCCACAAACCACAGAGAAAGCAAUGGACUGUGUCCUUUCACUGAUUUCAAGAGUUCCAAAGCUCUCAUCUACUUCUCCCCUCUGCAGGGUGUGCCUCCCAACAGGAACAGGAAACCAUCACCCUGGAUCUUAGGGGGAUGGAGGCUGGGGGUUGUGAAAGCCACCGUCAGACCCCGCACUGGGGACGCAUUCCUGGAGUCGUGCGGCUGGAAGGCCAGGGACUACCCUCUCUGCUUUCCUCCCAACAGACACAUAAACCUUCUUAAGGGCUGGUCCCCAGGGGUUUAUAAGAGUUUGUUCCAGAAGGUGAGGCUAAGAGGGUUGGAAAGGAAGAAGUGAGUCUGAAUAGAGCAGGUGGCUCCCAGCUGGGCCCCUGAGCCCACCACCUUUGAAUCGUCUAAUCUGUGGCCAUCCCUUGGAAGGCAGGAUGCUGGUGGUGAGGGGAAAGGACCUGAGUGGCUGAGAAUGCCCUUCCCAGGUGUCUACAUGCAGGUAUACACCAAACCAGAAAGCUGAUCCCAUCUCCAGUGUCAAAGCUUCUCAGCACCAAGUUCUCCAGCCCCCAGGGUGACACUUUUCCCCAGGGGUCCUCCCCAAGCCCUGUCUCUGACAGGGUUUCCGUCUCUCUCAGGGGUUGUUGAUGAGUUGAUUCCAAGACAUUUCUCAUCCCAGCCUUACCACUGUCUGGCUGAAAGUCUCUGAUGUCAGUUGGGUUGGAAAAUUCUACUGCAAUGCUUACUUCUUUUCAAGGAUUUCUUCUGCUUCACCUUUGGGUCUAGAAGCAAGGAAUGAAGGGAGGGAGAGAGGCAGGAAGGGAGGGAAGGAGGGAAGAAAAAAGAAGUAGAGAUAGGUCUACAGACUUGCUCCAAUUCAGUCCCACAUUUCAAAAUCCAGAAAACUAUGUCAUAGCUGGGACAGAGAGGUAUCCCAUUUAUUCAGCUGUCCCAUCUAUCUUCAUGGAACAAGCAAAGCCACAUCACUAGGCAAGUUCAUGUAGCAGAUAAAAGAGGCUUCUGGGGCUGGAACCUAGAUGCCAUGAUUUCUAGCCCAACCAGGCUGGUGGCCUCUACCAUACAUAGAAGUACCAUCCACCCUUACAGUAAAAGCCUCCCUUCUGCUCACAAAGGAAGCCUAAAGCCCAAGAUUUUCCUCUCCUUGUUUUAUUCAUUUUUGCACAUCUCUGUUGCUCUAACAGAAAUGAACUGGAAUCUGCACAGGUUCUCUCCUGCCCUGAAAGUUCUGCCUGGUUUCCUUGGCCUCUGAUGGCACUGAAGCUUUCACAAUCCCUCCUGCAUCUCCACCUUCCCUGUCUUGCUCCAGGCUCCUGGCUCCAUGCCUUCCUGCGUCAAAAAGGCUUUGCCAAGAAUUACUUCACCUCCUAACCAGGCUUCUGCCCUCAGGGCUCCCCCAGUGUCUUGGGAGUGUCUUGGGCCAGGCGUCUGCCUCUUAGAAAGUUCCAACCUUGCCCCCAAUUCAAAUUUCUCCUCCCCUCUUUCCACUCUCCCUCCCAGAAACUCCUGAUUUCCAGAAAACCUCAGAUUUCCAGGCCAGGUCACUCAUUCCUUCCUCUCAUCUCCCUCUUCCUCCAUCUACCUUCCUCCAUUCACCUUCCUCCAUUCCUAAUUUCUUUUCCCUGGUCUUGCUAUAAUCUCCAGCUCUAAAAAUCAGAGCUCUCAAUGAAAACAAUGGAAGAAUAAGACAUUCUUUGGGUCUUCUGUUUGCCUCACUGGUGUAUCCUUCAUCUCCUGCCCCUGUGAGUUGAUACCCCAGUGCACGGAGCCAAGGGCUUUCCCCCUCUGAGCUCUGGGAGGGAAGGGAAUGGAGCUCUGGGUUUGAGAUGUCAUGGCCUGUGAUGGUCAGUUUGGUUCCUGCCACUAGCAAGUCCCCUGAAGCUCCCAACCCAGCCUGAUGUUAGCCCAGAAGCUCCUGCUCUGGCCAAAGACUCCUAUCCUUGAGGGCUCUCAGCCACUGCUCCAACACACUUGCCCCCUUCCUGCUUGUGUAUGUCACUUAUCCUCCUUUGUCCACAAAGACUUGAGGGCCUCCUGAGUCUCCAAGCAUGGAGGAAUAUCCAUGCCAACAUCCCUGCCAUCAAACUCAAUCCAUUUUCUUCAGAGAUACCUUGUCUGUCACCAGCCUCCAACUUCAUAUUCCUUCCACAGGCAACUGUGCACUUGACCCAAGGUAAAAUGAAAGGGCUGCCAAUCACUCGGACUCCAGAAGGCGCCUGCCCUGAGAAGAGCUGGCAUGUUACCUCCCACAUACAUUUCCUGUCAUCCUGUCCGAAUCUGGGAAAUUUUGCUCUGGAGUAUUUUCAAGAAAGCGCAUUGUGUUUUAAUGAAGUAUUUUUCAGGGUUCAAAUGUUAUUUUUUAUAAAUGCAGCAUUUUAAUGGCAGAUUCAAUAUGAAGGACAUGUCUUCCUGGGCUCUAUAUUUGAUUUUGGAAGGCAGCAUACUCUAGGAGAAAAAAAGCAUAGGGCUGAGGCUCUGGAGACACAGCUUCCAGCCCUGGCUUUGUCUCCGAGGGGGAGUCAUGUUCCCCACUCAGUGCCUCAGUUUCCCCAUCUGUAAAAUGAGGGGCUUUGACUAGAUGAGCUCUGAAGUUUCAUCCAGCUCUUACACUGUAGGGCUUUCAUUCCCUGCCAGCACCUGCUCUCCCCAUUCCUCCCCACCUCCACUGAGCUGCACACAUCCCACAACGCCUGCCCCACAGCGAUGUCCUCAGAUGUCCUGGACAGCCACCGCACUCCUCACUAGAGCCUGGGGUGGGCCUGAUGGGCUCGGCCACCCAGGGAUGCCCUCGUACCUGAAGUUUAAGGGCCUAACCAUUCAAUAGGUCACCAACUGUGUGCCGUGGAAGCCCUCUUGUAAAGACACACCUAAACCAUCCUAAGUGACUGUGGAAUUCUGGGGAAUUCUGAGUUUGGAGUUUCCAUUUGGAUACGGUCCUUAUAGCUGGAGGGAGGCGGUUCCAAUUUCAGAGAGGGAGCUGGCUGGAGAGAAAGGUCUGGAGGUUUGCCCAUAAGGGCAUGAAGUUUGUACUUGAGGGCAGCUGGGAAAUUCAUUUCAAGCUGCAGAGGAACAUGUUCACAGGCUGUUGUGUGGCAAUGAAUGUCAUGAUAACCCACUCUGGAAUAUGUGUCCUGAAGACCAAGUCUGGACACUGAGGCUCCAUUCCAACUGGAGGAGGAGGCAUCUCCAUCUGGGCUGCUAGGAAGGGGCACUCAUCCCAUCCUAGUACCUUUGUAGCCCUUCUUCAUGACACUACCGUCCUCCCGGUGAAGGCUUGUGAAGCAAGAAUGGAGAGUCCAAGUUUGUGAUCAUCAAACCCAUCUUGUAAAUCAGCAAACACAUUAACCUUCCAUCAGUCAGAGAAAUAAUGUUGUGGCUGUGUGUUUCCUUAAUGCUCUCCCUCCUGAGGGAGGAGAAGACCCUGCUCAACUUUGCUGCCCACCCUGCAGUGACCCCUGAAUGCCACACCAUGGGAGGACUCAUUCAUUGGCUUUGUAGUGGCAAAUAUUCCUCUAGUUCUAUAACUCAACUAGACAUUUUGUAGUAAAGAAUUCUUGAAAUUCUCUAAUAAAAAGCAAUUCUUACUGUAAUAUUUUUAGUUUGGGGACACAAUUUCCUAAGGGGGGAUUAAUGAACAUUUUUAUGCAUUAGCCCAAUUUAUGAAUUCCAUGUUUAUUAUAUGGUAGUACUGAUGAAAAGUACCUUUCUAUCUGUAUCUUUGCAGUUUCUUCGUUACUCAUAUGUAAGCUUCAUGGUAAGCAGUGCUCUAGUAACUGCUUCUCUGUACAAAUCUCAUCGUUCUACUUACCUGUCAAAGCACAUUCUACAUGUACUGUAAACAGAUACACUUUAGUAAGAUUUAGUCUUAAGGAUUUUUCCACUUUUGUCAGUAACAGAUAUUUAUGGAUUAAAAAAUAAAGCUGUUUCAACAUAA